AUGGCGCCUUCCUAUGAGCUCUACGAUGACGAGGCCUGGGAUCGUGGCGAGGCGGUUUUUGAGGCCAUGAACGAGAAGAUCUAUAACGAGGACUUCUACUAUGAGAUCGCUAGGUUCGUCACCAAGCACCAGAAAAGCGGCAGCCCGAUGAAGUUCUUUCCUCCCAGAAACGGAGCUUUCAACUUCUAUUACCGUAUCCAAUAUUCCGACGGCCACUCCGCCAUCAUCCGCUUCCCCCUCCCGGGCUUCUUCCAUAUGGAUGAGGAGAAGCUGUGUGCUGAGACUACCAUCCCCGUGCCCUUCAUCCUCCACUACGGAAUGGCGGACGAGAGCCCGGGCGGGCUGGGCCCUUUCAUUAUCAUGGAGUACAUCGACAACUCCGGCGACAUUGCCGACGUUCUAAACACACCAGGGCGCCCCCUCGGAGAAAAGCCGGUCCUAGACCCUCACAUUGACGAGGAGAAACUUGAGUACGUGUACAGGCAGAUGGCCGACAUCAUGCUCCAGCUAUCCAAGUGCGACUUCUCCCGUAUUGGGAGUCUUGGGAUGCGGGAGCGCAGUAUCAACGACGACGACAGCGACCCAGAGCUCUCCUUCCAGCGUAACCAGGCUAUAAAGUCAGCUGACGACUGCCGCAAGAAGUACAUCGCUAGGCAACUGUUCCGGAAGCUGGCCGCCGAGGGCCGCAUAGCAGGUGACCGGAGCCCCUUUAAGCUCUGGUGGGACGACCUCCGCCCAGCCAACGUCCUCGUUGACGCAGACCAUCGCAUCGUUGGCGUCAUUGACUGGGAGUUUACCUACGCUGCCCCGGUCGAGUUCACAUACUCCCCGCCAUGGUGGCUCCUCCUCAUCAUGCCCGAAGAGUGGCCGGAAGGGCUCGACGACUGGGUUUCCAAGUACGAACCGCAGCUCGAGACCUUCAUCCACGCCAUGGAGACUAAGGAGCGCGAGUUCAUCGAGCAGGGCCGCCUCGACGAGCCUCAGCUCGCGUACGCGGCGCGCAAGUCUUGGGCCUUUGAUGGCAUCUUCUGGAGGAGCCUGGAUGAGCGCUUUUUUGGGAAGAACAGCAGCGGAUUCAUGGAGAGGCUGAAGCUGCUGCCGUCGGGGCAAGUCGCUGCGAUGGAGGCUUUUGUUGAGAGGAAGAUGGAAGAGAAGAGAGACUGUACGUUGAUAGAUUGGUAUGCUCAAGAUGCAGAGUCCAAGCUGCCGCCAGGUAUCCUUAGCCUGGGUUCGACAAGAGCAUCUGGUACCUACACUGGCCCUGCACCUACCACAGUGGGCCAAUUUGGCGAGCGAGUUGAGAAAUUUGGAAUGGCAUAG